AUGCGUACAUCGACCUUCAUCAGAGCAGCCGUCGUGCUAGCCAGCAGUUACUCGGUUGAUGCCGAUGUCACGACUACCAUUGACCCAAAAUCGAACUGGGGUACUUGGGAAGGCUGGGGAACGUCUUUGGCAUGGUGGGCGCAGCAGUUUGGGAACCGAGACGACCUUGCGGAUAUCUUCUUUACGCUGAAGCAGACCAAGUUCAACGGCGAGACUCUUCCGGGUCUUGGCUUCAAUAUCGUACGUUACAAUGCCGGUGCCUGUAGCUGGAACACCAUCGAUGGUGAGAAGAUGGUGGUGUCUCCAAACGUAAAAAGGUCGAGACAGAUGGAAGGCUACUGGUUGGACUGGAAGAGCAGCGACCCGGCCUCUUCAAGCUGGAAUUGGAUGACGAAGAACCACAAUCCAUCGGGAGCUGCGGACGGAAGCGAGAACAUCCAGUCGUGGAACUUGGAGCAGCAUGCAGUAUAUAUGGCGACGGUCGCAAAGUAUUUCAAGGAUAACUGGGGGGUCGAAUUCGAAACUGUCGACCCUUUCAACGAGCCGAGUGCGAACUGGUGGAAGGCCGACGGCACACAAGAAGGAUGCCACGUUGAUGUGUCCACUCAAGCCAAGAUCGUCGGUUAUCUCGACACGCAACUCUCAAAUCGUGGGCUCUCAACAAAGAUCGCUGCCUCAGAUGAGUCGUACUACGAUCAAGCUGCCACCACGUUGAAGACAAUCGGCAGCAGCGCACUCGGCAAGAUCAACCGGAUAAACGUCCAUGGAUACCAAUACGGAAGCGGCGACCGCGCUGGUGUUCGCACACUGGCUACACAGGCCGGAAAAGCUCUCUGGAACAGCGAAUACGGUGAUGGCGUGGCUUCUGGCGAGAACCUCGCCAAGUACCUCUUCCAGGAUCUUCGCCAGCUGAAGCCUACGGCGUGGGAGUACUGGCAGGUCCUCGACCAGGGAGGCUGGGGUCUUGUCGACGCGGACAAUGAUGCGAAAACACUGGGUACAUCGACGCAGAAGUACUACGUGCUUGCGCAGUUCGCCCGGCACAUGCGCCCGGGUAUGAAGAUCCUCGAUGGUGGCCGAGACAACGUCGUCGCUGCCUACGAUGCUAGCAAGUCGUUGUUGGUCAUCGUGGCCGUGAACUGGGACGCUGCACAGUAUAUCAACUUUGAGCUGUCGGGGUUCUCGGGGCGUCCUUCAUCCGGCGCAACUGUCUCGAGGUGGAGCACCCAGAUCGGGAGCGGCGAUCGUUACGUGCAGCAUCUCGAUACCACGAUCAGUGGCACAAAGUUCUGGUCAAAGUUCGAGAAGAACAUGGUGCAGACUUUCGAAGUAACCGGGAUCAAGUUGUAG